AUGUCCGCUUGUUGGAACAUUGGCUCCGGAACCACCAGGCAAGAGGCGCAAGAGCUCAAGCUGCUGCGACAGCAGAUGGCGGCCUCCAAGGCCCCACCCCGCGACGAGCGAAGAGACCUCGUGCAAAGCUUGAGCCUCAGCCACAGCUGCCAAAGCCCUGGCGCUGAGCUGAGCUGUGAGGAGCUGCAGAGGCGCCUGCAGGCGGUGCAGGCGACAAGGGACGCGGCGCUGCAGAGUGCUGAGCAAGAGCGCGCCAAUUUGGAGCUGUUCAAGCAGCAGCUGGUUCCACGUGCGGAACGCUGGCAGGGGCGUGAGGAGCCAACGACUGAGAAUCACGUCGAGGGCUCACCCACGCAAGAGAGGCUGCGGGAGGCCGAGAGCGCUUGCGUGGCGCUGGAGCGCCGUGCUGAGCUGGCGGAGGCCACGAGCAGAGCCUUAGAAGAGAAGCUGCACCAGGUGGCGGAGGAGGUUCUGGAGAAGGGCUUCUGCUCCAUAUCUGCACCACUGGAGCAGCCCGAGCUGGUGCUGGAGAAUGCUCGUGGGAUCUCCAGCUUUGCACUUCCGCACCUGGAGCUGGAAGAAGGGCUUCUGGGCCGGCGUUCGCGCAGCAAAUGCGCCUUCCUAGGAGAGGCCCAGGAGCCUUUGGCCAGCUGUCUGGCGCGCAUGGAGGCGCUUGGCGAUGCGCUGGGGGCCGCCCUAGGCGAGCCGCUGGGCUUCCGUGCCCUGCCGGGGCUGCAGCAGCGGCUGCUGCGGGAGCCCCUGGCGCGCUCGGAGCGGCGCACGCUGAGCCCGGGGCCCUUGACGGAGGAGGAGGUGGACCGAGGCCUCGUGGAGCAGUAUUUGGGCUUUCUGCAGUCCCGGCGCCUAUCUGUGCUCUAUGUGCUCUCCUCCAGUGGCACUUUGGAGCUGUUCCCCCAGGGCAGCAAGUCAGCCACCGUGGUGCCACUGCGCAAGGAGACGCUGGUGGUGUUCCGCCAGGACCUCUUCUCCUACUCGCUGGUCCAAGGGGCGAAUGACGCCGCGCUGCAGGGCUGGGUGGUGGCGCUGAGGGAGGAGGUGGCCGUGCAGGGCCUGGAAGGUGACUUCGAGGGGAUGGAGGACGUGUUUGGCCGGCCUGAAGUCCAGGGCCUGGCCAUUCCCAUUGGAGACCAGGUGAACAUCAUGACCUUUGCCCCAAUGAUCCCCGGGCGCGUGAGCCAUAUCGCGAACCAUUGGAACAUGCACAUGGGCAACACGGACUGCUACUUGGAGAUGCCCAUUCUGCGGUGGGACAUCGAUAUUUAUUACACCUCUGAUCCUGAGAGAAGCUUAGUGCCCAAGUCCUAUACCAAGCACGCUGGCAUGUUUCCGGACGACGAGAUCCUGGGCUUCGAUAACACAUUCUUUGGCAUUUCCGACAAGGAAGCCAUGUGCUGGCCUCCGUGCCUGCGGCUCUGCCUCGAGAAGAACUACGAGGCGCUGCAGAUGCGCGGCUACGAUCGGAAGACGCUGAAGGGGAAGCGCAUCGGGAUCUACAACGCGGACAUCGGCAUCGAGUUCGAUCCCUGGACCGCCUUCCAGGAUGAUCCGGACCUGUGGGCCACAGCCCGGCCGGUGAACCAGCCCUCAGCGGGCACCUUGGGCUACUUUCUGGGCGUCAACGGGCCCAUGCUGUGCAUCGACACGGCCUGCUCGUCCUCACUGGUGUCCAGCAACUUGCUCUUCAACACUAUGCGGAAGAAGAAGGACCCGGAGAUGAAGGAGGCGGUAUCCUCGUCGAUGAUCAACUGCCUGUCGCCCUUCAGCUUUGUCGGCUUGUCGGCCGCGGGGAUGUUGGGCCGCAUGGGCCGCAGCAUGUCCUUCGACAACUCGGCCAAUGGCUACGCCCGAGGGGAGGCGGUGUGUGCCGCGGUCUUCAAGAGCGCCGAGGGCCCGGCAGAUGCGGAGGAUCGGCUGGCCAGCUUCGUCACCGGCUUCGUGAACCAGGAUGGGCGCAGCGCCUCCCUAACCGCGCCGAACGGGCCCUCCCAGCAGCUCUGCAUCCGGUCCUCCCAUCGACUCGGGGGCCUUCUGCCCAGCGAGGUCUGGUGCACUGAGAACCAUGGCACCGGCACGGCUUUGGGGGACCCCAUUGAGGUGGGGUCUGUGCGCUCCGUCUUCUGGAAGAACCGGCAGGUCCCGGUCGUGGUGACUACUGGGAAGAGCCACCAGGGCCACUCGGAGGCGAGCGCCGGGCUCUGCGGCAUAAUCAAGACAAUCAACACCAUCCUGAACUCAACGGCGCCGCCUCAAUGCCACCUGAAGUUCCUCAACUCCCACAUUGACGAUGAUGUUGGCUUCCCGGGCCACUUCCCAGUGGAGGUUUGCCCACUGAAUGUGCAGGAGAAGGGCGCCAUCGGCGGGCUGAACUCUUUUGGCUUCGGCGGCACCAACUCCCGCGGGGAAGUCUGGGCCAUGUCCAAAGAGGUCCAGAAAGGCCGCACCAAGCGCGCGCUGGAGCGCGCCACGGCGCGCCAGAGCGCGCUCUCGGUGACUGUGUCCUGUAGCGCCUGCCAGCGCCCCAUGUGCUUUCUCUGUGGCAUGGCGAUGACCUCCUCGGAUGUUCAUAGAUGCUCUGAUAUCCGCGAGGAGGUGUCAUCCUAUGACACUUGCAGCCUUUGCUACACGGGAAGCUUCCACUUCCAGGGCAUCGAGUGA